UCUCCCUCUCUCUUGCUCUCUUGCUCUCCGUGUCUCAGUUCUCAGGCCUAUAUAUACACACACACAGCUGCACACGAUUACAACUAGCUUUACAACGAAGCUGGCCUAAACAAAUUUUACAGCUCUCUUUGAAGUGGUCUGAACUUCUGGAGGGCAUCAAUGGCUGUCCUAAUGGUAGUUCUUGGCGUGGUUUUUGGGCUCUGCAUCUUGAGCACUGCUUUAUUGAAGUGGAAUGAAGUCAAGUACAGGAAGAAAGGUUUGCCUCCCGGAACUAUGGGUUGGCCAGUAUUUGGGGAGACCACUGAGUUUCUCAAACAAGGUCCAGGCUUCAUGAAGAACCAGAGAUCAAGGUAUGGAAGUUUUUUCAAAUCCCACAUACUGGGCUGUCCAACCAUUGUUUCAAUGGAUCCAGAGCUAAAUAGAUAUAUCCUGAUGAAUGAAGCGAAAGGGCUGGUCCCUGGCUAUCCCCAGUCCAUGCUAGACAUCUUGGGGAAAAGCAACAUUGCAGCUGUUCAUGGUUCAGCUCACAAGCACAUGAGAGGAGCAUUGCUUUCUCUUAUCAGUCCCACGGUGAUCAGAGAACACCUUUUGCCGACAAUUGAUGAAUUCAUGAGAUCCCACCUAAGCAAUUGGGGUGACUCGGUGAUUGACAUUCAGCAAAAAACUAAAGAGAUGGCAUUUGUAUCAUCCUUAAAGCAGAUUGCAGGCAUUGAAUCUGGAACCAUAGCUCAAGAAUUUAUGCCCGAAUUUUUCAUGUUAGUAUUAGGAACUCUUUCUCUGCCUAUCAACCUUCCGCGCACUAAUUACCAUCGUGGACUUCAGGCAAGGAAAAACAUUGUCAGUCUGCUGAGAAAACUUAUAGAGGGGAGAAGAGCUUCUGGAAAGACGAGCUGUGAUAUGCUUGGCUUUCUUAUGAAUGAUGAAGUAAACAAGUACAAACUAACGGAUGAGCAGAUGAUUGAUCUGAUCAUAACCAUUUUGUACUCUGGCUACGAAACUGUUUCAACUACUUCAAUGAUGGCUGUCAAAUAUCUUCAUGAUCACCCAAAAGUUCUUGAAGAAGUCAGAAAAGAACAUAUGGCAAUUAGAGAGAGGAAAAGGCCGGAGGACCCUAUUGAUUUUGAUGACUACAAGUCAAUGCGCUUCACACGUGCAGUGAUCUAUGAGACCUCCAGAUUAGCUACUAUUGUGAAUGGAGUCUUGAGGAAAACUACUCAAGACAUGCAACUGAAUGGGUUCAUUAUUCCUAAAGGCUGGAGAAUAUAUGUCUACACUAGGGAGAUUAAUUAUGACCCGUGCCUCUAUCCUGAUCCGUUAAAAUUUAAUCCCUGGAGAUGGCUGGAUAAAAACCUGGAGAACAAAAAUUACUUCUUAAUAUUCGGAGGAGGAACAAGGCAGUGCCCCGGAAAGGAGCUUGGAAUUGCUGAAAUUUCUGCUUUUCUUCAUUAUUUCGUAACAACAUACAGAUGGGAAGAAGUUGGGGGAGAUGAGCUGAUGAAGUUCCCAAGAGUUGAAGCACCAAAUGGACUACACCUUAAGAUAUCAAGUCAUUGACAAUCAACUUGAAUGUAUAGGAGGCGUAAUGGUAAUGAUGAUAUAAUUACAGUGGCAGCAUAUUAGAGUAACAUUUGAUGUACAAAUCACCGAUCUGUUAACACAGGACAAAUUGAAACCUGUUUUUUGGCCGGCUCUUGAGACGUUCUACAUGUGAGACAUGUCAAUUAUUUCUAGCAGACAGAAACUAAUCGAUUUCAUGUGGGCACCA